AUGGGUUUUGAAAAUCUAUUUGUGGUGGAUUGUAAGGGGAGAAGUGGUGGUUUGGCUUUGUUGUGGAAGUCGGAGGUACAGCUUGAUAUACAAAAUUAUAGCCACCGGCACAUCAAUGCCUUUAUCCAGAGAAGUAGUGGUGAGCCCUUUUGGAAGCUCACAGGCUUCUACAGACAUCCGGAGUCUGCGAAGAGGCAUGAAGCAUGGGCCUUACUCCAAUACCUUUCAAAAUUGGACCCGACACCAUGGCUUUGUGGGGGGGAUUUCAACAAGAUCAUUUCUGUCUUAGAGAAAUCAAGCACAUCUAGUCGACCAAAGAGUCGAAGACUUGAAGUGGAAGCAAAGAGCCAAGGAAAUUGGCUAAAAUUUGGCAAUAGGAGUUAUAAAUAUUUCCACGCAUGUGCCAGCCAGAAGCAGUACCGUAGAAAUAUCCAGAAUAUCCAGGACCAGGAUGGCCUGUUUUGUAGCUCUCAUGAAGAAAUAGAGAACACCUUUGUCCAGUAUUUCAAGGAUUUAUUCACUGCAGGGGAGAAUCUGGACGUGGGGACAUGCACAAGAGUACUAGAGCCGAAGGUAACCCCGAGGAUGAACCAGCAGUUGUUGGCAACUUUUACAGAGGAGGAAAUUUCUAAUGCAUUGAACCAAAUGGCACCUUUAAAGGCCCUUGGCCCAGAUGGUUUCUCUUCAUGUUUCUACAAGCAAAAUUGGGCUGUUGUGAAAGCUGAGGUAUGUGCGGCCAUUCUCCUAUAUGAUUUUGAGAGUUCACUAUAUGAUUCUGAGAGUCCACUUUCUGAUUGA